AUGGCAUCCGUGAACUGUCUGCCCUCUCACAACACACUCUUCUACAACGGCGAAUGGAACUCGCCAUUUGAAUCGACGUUCAGUGAAACCUACAACCCCGGGAAUGGAGAGAUCGUUGGAAGAGUCGCUCAGGCAGGGGCUCGUGACGUGGAUGCGGCUGUACAGGCAGCCCAUCUAGCAUUCGAAAGUUGGAGGAAUACUCCACCCACCAAACGGGCGGACUGCCUCUUGACAGCUGCAGACGCAUUACUACAGCACGCAGAAGAAUUUGCUAUGAUUGAUGCCUUAAACACCGGGAACCCUUUUACGGCUAUGCUGAAUGAUGCCAAGAUAGCGGCCGAAAGUCUUCGAUACUUUGCUGGACUGAUACCGAUGCUCCAGGGAGAGACAAUACCCCAAGGGAUUGACACGUUCCAUUACGUUCCAUUACACAGUGCGAGAGCCUCUCGGAGUGGUAGUCCGGAUAGUGGCGUUUAA